UUAGCCUCGAGACCAGCCGUUCGUUAUCUGAAAGAACGCCUGGUCAAGUUCCAAUGUAGCACUCGUUCUAGCUGAGUCAGCGAGUGGUUAGUUACGACAUGAUUGCGGCAUGCAUUGCGGUAACCGCAAACACAACAAUACUACGGGGGUGUGCAUGUGUUUGCAGUGUGAAGAAAUAGAGAUGGAGAAGAGAGUAGCUGCAGCUAUAUCUGACAGUGCCCGACAACUAGGAAUAGAAAGUCUCAAAGAUAAACAGUUGGAAGCUGUCCUCAAGUUUGUUGAAGGCCAUGACAUAUUUGUAUCACUCCCUACUGGAUAUGGAAAAUCUAUCAUAUAUGCCGUUCUGCCACUUGUAUUUGACAAACUGAAAGAUUCGUCUGGAAGUAUUGUUUUGUGUAUCAGCCCUUUGUCGUCUCUCAUGGUUGAUCAAAGUUCUAAAUUUACUCGGAGCGGUUUGAAAGCAGAAUUUGUAGGAGAGGCACAACUUGACCAAGAAGCAACAAAGAGAGUGCUCGAUGGAGUAGUGCAGUUAGUUUUUAUAACUCCAGAGAACAUUAUGAACAAUGCUCGAUAUAGAGAUAUGCUCCAGAGUGAAGUGUACAUGAAGAAGCUUGUGGCAUUAAUAGUGGAUGAAGCCCACUGUGUGAAAACAUGGGGGGAUCAAUUUAGAAGAGCCUUUGCAGCACUUGGUGACUUACGCAGUAUCAUACCCACUGAAGUUAACGUGAUGGCUCUCACAGCUACUGCCACUAUAGAAACCUUUAAUAUUGUAUCCAAACGACUAAGUAUGAAGGAGCCAGUAUUGGUUGCAUUACCCCCUGAUCGUGGUAAUAUCUUCUAUACGUUAGAACCAAAGAUUGAUCUUGAAAGGUUGAGUGAGGAUUUGUGUUACGGGCUGUGCCGAAAACGAACUGCGUACCCAAAAACUGUGGUAUUUGUUCGCAGAUAUAGGGAUUGUUCGGAUUUAUACAUUGCUUUAACACGCAAGCUUGGUGAAGAUAUGACAGAUCCUCCUGGGUACCCAAAUCUUUCAGAAUACCGGCUGUUUGAUAUGUUUAGCAGUGUUCAGACAUCUGAAAAGAAAGAGCAAGUGAUAUCAUCAUUUUUAGGAACUGGAAUGAAGCUGCGAUUAAUAAUUGCCACAUCAGCUUUUGGGCUUGGCAUAGAUUGUUCUGAUAUUCGACAAAUUUUUCAUUGGGGGUUACCAUCAAACAUGGAAGAAUAUGUCCAGGAGACUGGUCGUGCUGGUCGAGACGGUUUAGAUGCUAAAGCAACCUUGUUUGAAGGAAAGGGUGGACAACAUUCUUCUGAAAGACUAAAAGAGUAUGUGAGCAAUGCUACUGUUUGUAGGCGAAAACUUCUGUUCGAAGGUUUUUUGAAGUAUUACGAUGGUUCAGUAAGAAUGAGCCGAUCUAGAUGCUGUGAUUUAUGUGUAUUGUCUUGUGAGAAGUUUGAUUAACUGAAAUUAUGCUAG